AUGAUUAAGUUGCAGGAAACCGUGACCUUCAAGGACGUGGCCGUGGUCUUCAUUGAGGAGGAGCUGGGGCUGCUGGAUAAGGCCCAGAUAAUCCUGCCGAGACCGGUGAUGCUCGAGAACUUCCCCAACCUGGUCUCAGUGGGAGACAGGAUUAAAAACAACAUUGCGAAUCUUCAGGAAAAAGUGUUGAGUUGCCUCUCCCAGGAAGUGCUCAAUGGUUGGCAGGUUUGGAAACAAAGGAUCAGUGAAUUAACUGGGAGUCAGGAGUAUGCCAUGAAUCUUCAAGGUGGCUGUCUGCCGUGUUUAGAAGGACAUGUUUCCCUCUCUGAAGGGCGGGCAGGAUUGUCUCUUCAGAGUUCUGAAAAUGAAAACUAUGUAAUUGAUGCUAUUAAUUUAGAAAAUCAGGAUGGCGUAGCUUGGAAAGUCCUGACAGAGAUCCCGACCCCAGAGUCUUGGAGUAGAGCCCACAUAGUGGUCGAGUCCCAGAAUUCUCAGGGAAAAUAUGAGAGUCAUACAGAGGAGAAACUGCGUGGAUGUGCUCAGUGUGGUGACAGCUUCAGUCAAACUUCACAUGACUGUGAUGAUCCCCAAGAACAUAAAGGAGAGGUUGGUAGAUACACCAACCAUGGGAAGAACUUGGUUAUGAAAUCAACAGUCAAACAAUUUAACGUGGUUCGUGCAGUACCCAAACCAGGCAAAUGUAAUAACUAUGGAAUGGGCAUCACAGAUGAUGCAAAUCGCCACAUCUGUCACAGUGCUCAUGUUGCAGAAAAAUCCUAUAAAUGUGACCCAUGGGAGAAGGACUUUAGUCAGAACUCAGAUCUUAUUGUUCAUUAUAAAACCCCCUCAGGUGAGAGAAGUUAUGAAUGUCAGGAGUGGGCUGAGGGCUGCAAACAGAGCCCUAACCUUCCGAACAUCAGAAAGACCCCCUCCGGACACAAGCCCUGUGAAUGUCGGGAACGUGGCGAGGGCUUCCGGCGUAGCUCCUCUCCCCACAACCAUCAUGGAGCUCCCAGGGAGAUGCCCUACAAAUGCGAUGUGUGUGGGACGGGGUUUGUGUUCAGGUUACUUGCUUGUAUUCAUCAGGGAAUUCACACAGGGGAAAAGUCCUGUAAGUGUGAAGGGUGUGGGAGGGGCUUUGAUCACAGCUCCAAUCUUCUUGUCUACCAGAGAGUUCACACUGGAGAGAAACCCUACAAAUGAAGUGGGUGUGGCAAAUGCUUUGGUUCAAGUUCCCUUCUUCAAGUCCCGAGGGUGCUCACAGGGGAGGAGCCGUAUAGAGGUAAUGGUGAGUGUAGAAAGAGCUUCAGCCAAAGCACACACCUUCACACCCACGAGAGAGUUCACACUGGGGAGAAACCCUACAAAUGCAAUGUGAGCAGAAAGGCAUUUGCAUACAGUUCCAUUCUUCACACUCACCAGAGAGUUCACACAGAGAAAAACUAUCAAUGCAAAGUGUGUGGUAAGGGCUUCAGUUACAGCUCGUAUUUUCACCUCCAUCAAAGAGAUCGUAACAGAGAGAAACCAUAUACCUGUGAUCAGUGUGGUAAGGACUUCAGUCAGAAUUCAGAUCUUCAUGUUCAUCUCAGAGUCCACACAGGAGAGAGGGCCUGUAAGUGUAAAGAAUGCGGUAGGGGCUUCGGUCGUGACUCCCAUCUUCUCGCUCAUCUGAGAGUGCAUGCAAGUGAGGAGCAAAACACAUGGCAGGAGCAUGGCACAGGUUUUAGUUAUAGCUCAGACCUUCUUACUCAUCCAAGACUGCACUAG